AUGAGGCAGACCCAAUUCCUGCGCAUGUUUCUUGUUGUAUCCUUGGCAUGGCUCAGUGCUUUCUUGGCCAGCGCUGAAGACGCAUAUAGGUACUUCACUUGGACAGUCACUUACGGAACAAUUUCUCCACUCGGUGUACCUCAACAGGGCAUCUUAAUCAAUGGUCAGUUUCCUGGGCCACCCAUUGAAGGUGUCACUAAUGACAACAUCGUCCUAAACCUCAUCAACAACCUAGAUGAACCUUUCCUCCUUACAUGGAACGGGAUCCAGCAGCGGAAGAACUCAUGGCAAGACGGAGUGCUCGGGACACAGUGCCCAAUCCCACCGGGCACGAGCUGGACAUACAAGUUCCAGUUGAAGGAUCAGAUCGGGACCUUCAUGUACUUCCCUUCGACCGCGCUUCACAGAGCAGCUGGAGGUUUCGGAGCUUUGAACAUCGCGCAGAGAAUAGUCAUCCCAAUUCCAUAUCCCACGCCUUUCGGAGAGUUCACUCUUCUUGUUGGCGAUUGGUACAAGAGCGACCACAAGGCCCUACAGCAAAGCCUCGACGCUGGCAAUCCUCUCCCUGUUGCCGACGGUAUUCUCAUCAAUGGACGUCCUAAUGGUUUCAUAUUCACCGGUCAAGGAGGACAAAUAUACAAGUUCAGGGUUUCCAAUGUGGGAAUCGCUACUUCGAUCAACUUCAGGAUUCAAGGCCACAAUAUCACCUUGGUCGAAGUCGAGGGAUGUCACACUCUGCAAGAGGACUACGAAUCGCUCGACGUCCAUCCGGGGCAAUCCGUCACCGUUCUGGUCACAUUGAAAUGGGCGCCCAAGGACUACUUUGUGGUUUGCUCGUCCCGGUUCACUAAGCCGAUCCUCACUGCCACCGGGCUGCUUCGCUACGACGGAUCUAACACCCCGGCCGCAAUGCCCCUGCCAAUCGGUCCAACCUACCAGAUCCACUGGUCCAUGAAACAAGCUAGGACCUUCAGGACGAACUUGACAGCCAAUGCUGCGAGGCCAAACCCGCAAGGCUCAUACCACUACAGCACAAUCAAAGUGGCGAGGACGCUCGUCCUGGCCAACGUAGCUACCCAAAUAAACGGGACGCUCAGGUACACCGUGAACGGCGUCUCCCAUGUCGACCCGGACACUCCGCUGAAGCUGGCCGACUACUUCAACAUCCCUGGGGUCUUCACGGUGAACAGCACCAAGGACACUCCUCCCUCAGGGCCGCCCACGCUGGGCCCCGCGGUUGUCGGGACGAUGCUCCACGACUUCGUAGAGAUUGUCUUCCAGAACACUGAGAAAGCUAUCCAGUCAUGGCACUUGGAUGGCUACAGCUUCUACGUUGUUGGGUACGGUUCUGGUCUGUGGACGCCGGAUUCACGGAAAAGUUACAACAUGGCCGAUGCAGUCUACAGAGACACUUGUCAGGUAUACCCUCUGUCAUGGAGUGCAAUACUGGUGUCCUUGGACAACAAGGGGAUGUGGAACUUGAGGUCGGCGAUCUGGUCGAAGUGGUACCUGGGGCAGCAGCUGUACGUCCGGGUCUGGAACAACGAGAAGAGCCUCUACACCGAAUACGACAUCCCACCAAACGCAUUGCUGUGCGGCAAAGCCAAGAGCCUCUAGAGACAAUCUCUCUUCCCAUUUUUAGCCCCCUUAAUUUCGUUCUUUUUUAGUAUUUUGGUCUCACUUUAAAUUAUAUA